AUGGAAAGGAUUACGUUAAUUUCAUUAAUUCUCAAUACACAGACUCGAGCUGCUUUCACUCCUUUGUGUAACCCCCACCUCUUCUCCACCAAAAAAGGGGAGAAAAAAAAAUCAAAUCUGGUUUUGUUUGUCAUCUGCAUAUUACCAGGAACUAAAUCCAGGAUGACGUCGCCUGGGUAUAAAAAAGGGAAGAGGUUCAGAUGGAUUAUACUCCGAGCAGCCCUCUGGGUUGAGAUCAGUAAACAGGCGAGAGUUGAGGGGGGAAAGUUCCAGGGGUGGAUCCUGCGCACACGCACACACACCGCACACGCGCGCACAGACACACACGCACACUCUGCCCGCAAGCUGCCCUCGGAAAAGGCGCUGUUCUUUUCGCUCCGAUUCCUUUUUAAAAUUUAUCCGAAAAGUUUCGAUUUCGUGUCCUUCCAGCCUCUCCCCCCCCCCUCCCCAGCCACCACCUACCCUCCCUCCCGCCCUCCUCCCUCCCUCCCCCGGCCGGUCCCCGCCGCCCUGCCCCGCACGGUUUGGGGCAUGCCUGUGAGCAUGUUCAGCAUCGACAAUAUCCUGGCGGCCAGACCUCGCUGCAAGGACUCGGUGCUGCUGCCCCCGAGCGCCGCGCCCGUCGUCUUCCCCAGCCUCCACGGGGACUCGCUCUACGGCAGCGCCUCCGACUACGGCGGAUUUUACUCCCGGGCGGUGGCUCCCGCCUCCGCGCUGCCGCCGGCCGUCACCGGAUCCCGGCUCAGCUACAACAACUACUACUACGGGCAGCUGCAUGUGCCGGCGUCCCCCGUGGGCCCUUCGUGCUGCGGGGCCGUGCCGCCCCUGGGCGCCCAGCAGUGCUCCUGCGUUCCCCCCGCAGGUUACGAGGGCACUGGGUCAGUCCUGAUGUCCCCUGUUCCCCAUCAGAUGUUGCCCUACAUGAACGUGGGCACUUUGUCCCGGACGGAGCUGCAGUUACUGAACCAGCUGCACUGCAGGAGAAAAAGACGGCACCGGACUAUCUUCACUGACGAGCAGCUGGAAGCGCUGGAAAACCUCUUCCAGGAAACGAAAUACCCAGACGUGGGCACCAGAGAACAGCUGGCCAGAAGGGUGCACUUAAGAGAGGAAAAAGUGGAGGUUUGGUUCAAGAACCGCCGGGCGAAGUGGAGGAGGCAAAAGCGAUCGUCUUCGGAGGAGUCAGAAAACGCACAAAAGUGGAAUAAAGCGUCUAAAACGUCACCGGAGAAGAGACAAGAGGACGGGAAAAGUGACUUGGACUCUGACAGCUGAUACAUCUAAGUGGGGGGGACGUUUCCCGUGGACUGUCGGAUACGCUCCAGAGGAUGCUACUAAUCUUGCACAAGAUCUGCCUUGUUGGAGGGGGAAAAUAUCUGUAUAUAAUGUACAAUGCCCCGAAUUAAUUCCAUGUAAAUAAAAUGUGUUGCGGAGGUGUUGCACAGGUA